AUGACUUACAAAUCAGUUAUUAUAGGGCUUUGCUCUGUAGCACUUGUAUCCCUUUUACCGCCACUAGCAUGGCAUUCGCAUUCAAGAAACAUACCUGCAAUAAUUUUAAUUACAUGGUUGCUCAUAAUGAAUAUCACAUGUAUUGUAAAUGCAGCUGUAUGGAGUGAUGUUGACUUUAUGAACCGUUGGGAUGGGAAAGGCUGGUGUGAUAUUGUUAUCAAGUUACAAGUCGGUGCAAACAUUGGCAUAUCAUGUGCCGUUACAAAUAUUACUUAUAAUUUACAUCAAAUUUUAAAGGCAGAAAAUGCUUUACUUGAGUCCAACUCUAUUAAGAAAAUUUGUGUGGAUCUAUUAAUAAGUUUAUUAACACCAAUAGCUGUGAUGGGAUUUUCCUAUUUAUUACAGGUAUUUAGAUUUGGUAUAGCAAGGUAUAAUGGUUGUCAAAACUUGCUUUCGCCUACAUGGGUUACAACUGUGUUAUAUACGAUGUGGAUGCUAAUCUGGUCUUUAAUUGGUACAGUGUAUGCCUGUUUAGUUUUAUACGUCUUUUAUAAAAAGCGUAAAGAUGUUAGGGAUAUUUUACACUGUACAAAUUCUGGUCUUAACCUAACUAGGUUUGCCAGACUACUAACUUUCUGUUUCAUAAUUAUCCUAGUCAUGUUCCCAUUUUCGAUAUUCACCUUUGUACAGGACUUAAGACAAGUUAGUGGGACAUAUAACUUCAAGAGUACACAUUCUGAUUCGUUUUGGGGUGUUAUUAUUAAAUUCGAUCCUGGUAAGCCCGUCUACAGUGUCUGGCUGUACGUUUUAAUGUCAUACGUGGUGUUCUUUAUUUUUGGUUUAGGAACAGAUGCAUUAAAUAUGUAUUCCAGGUUGUUACGGUUUAUUGGACUGGGUUCUGCUCUUGAUUUUGUUAAUCAACGCAUUCAAGCACGUAAAGCUCACAGAAUUGGUAAAUUGUUAGGAAAGUUAACAGGAAACAACCAACAACCAAGAGAAGAUUACGUUAAUGGAUUUAGUCCAACAUCAACAACACCCACUUCGAGUAAUUACGUCACAGUUGAUUAUAAGCUCGGAAAGGGUAAUGACUGGAAAAACAAGUAUUCUACAAGAUUUAAUCCAUUUGAAGAUGACGAAAAUUCCGAGGCCAUUGCAUUCGAUCAAGAUUUGGAGCUGGGGAAUAAAAACUUCAUGCCAUACGUUACAAAGGAAUAUAACUUUAUGGAAGACAUUUCUUUAGAAGAUUUGUCUAGUGUGACUAAGUACAACACUACAGACUUAUCUACAACAGAGGAAAAGAAUAGCUUUAAUACAUACGAUUGUUCACCUAGGUCUGAAGAGGAUUGA